UGCUAUCAUCAUUUCAGUUUGUUUAUGCGAUGAUCACAAAUAAAUGCGCAAUCAAUCUGUCAAAUUUAACGCUGAAAAAAAAACAAUCAUGGCAGACAAGAAAGAAAAAAUUGCUGCAGCUCGUAAAAAGCUGAAGCAAUAUCAAUCCAAGCAAAAACACGACGGUCCUGGUAAAAGUGAAAAUGAAUCUGCUAGAGAAACUCCUAUCCCGGUGCCUAAUAACAACAACACAGGUGAACCAUACUCGCCGCCAUCCCCUGCCGCAGCCACUGACGGUGACAUCCAGAAUCAAAAUCAUUUGCCAAUGAAAUCGCUUCAGUUGCCUAGCGCUGGUACUUCUUCGGUGCAGCCUUCGUCCUACAGUGUAUCGAAUUACUUCAGCAACAACGCCGGUCACACCGUACCGGAUUUCCUUUCGAUGGAACCACAGGUAGCCCAACCGGAACCGGCGGCACCCAUGGAAGUGAGCGUUCAUAGCAUAAACCGGAUAUCGGAAGAAAUAGGCCAAUUGAUUGCCAAUGCUAGUGCAGAUCUGGGGCCACAGAAUACGAUACUGGAGUUAGAGUCAGAGAAGGCGGAACUGUCAAGGGUAAUGAAUGCUCAAAAGUUGGAGAACGACGAGCUACGGCUAAGACUUAGAAAUAACCAAUCUCUAGUUGAUGAAUUGCAAAAUGAAAUCGAAAAGUUAAAGCUGGAGAAUAGCACUAAAGUAACAAGCGAGUUGGGGCCUAUUCAGGAGCAGUUGCAGAUGCAGAUUCAAGCGGUUGGAGUGUUGGUCGGCGAGAAGGCGGAACUUACGGCGACCGUGAGCAAGUAUCAAAGUUUGAUGAAGGAGAAGUCAACAGAAAAUGAUGAGCUUCAAAAUCGAUUGAAGGCAUCCAGGGCAACGGUGCAGAAGUUGGAGAAAGAGCUAAAUGAGGUAAAGCAGUCUGGGUCAAGGUUCGAAGAACUGGAACGAACUAUAGGAGCACAGCUGAACGAGUACCAACAGGAGGCAAACAAAUUCAAAAAGUUAUACGGGGAUCUUCAAGAGGACCUAAGUGAGUUAAAGCAGAAGCUACUAAUACGCAAUGAAGAAUUCCAAUUGGUGCAGAAAGAACUCGAACAAACGAGAUCGGAUUUGAGUUUGUCAAAGUUGCGAGUUGAGCAACUUUCCUCGGAUGAUGAUCAGGAUUUCAACGCUAAAAUUGAAUCACUUAGUCAGCAGAAUCUAAUCAAAUCACAACAGAUCAAAGAUCUGCAGAACAUUAUCAAUCAAAUUGGUAACGAGCGGGACCAAAGCAAUCAGCAGUAUCAGAACUAUGUGCUUCAUCUGAAUCGUGAAGUGGCCAAUUUGGCCGACAAAAUCCAGGAGCUGACCGAGGAGAACAAUCGGCUUUCUUCGCGUGAGGACAACUUGGUGCGGCAUGUUAGUGAGCUGGAGAAACAGAUUCAGCUGCAGUUAACGAAACAGAAGACAUAUGCGGCGCAGCAAAACGAUAACGGCGAGACCGAAGAAGAGCGAUCUGCCCUGGAAGCGGAAGUUAAACUUUUGAGGGACAAAAUUUCCACGAUAGAAAUUGAACGAGCGGAAAACACGAUGCAGAAUAAUGCAGUUGACCAUCUCAAGCAAACGUACGAGGAAAAACUAAUUCACAGCGAGGAGAGAAUAGCUGAGCUACAGUUGGCAUUGGAACGUUUACAGCUCGAUAAACCAGAUGUGGCAAAAUUGAUGGCAGAAAUAGAAAGUGGAAAAGUUGGCGCAUCGAGAGCAGUAGCCCAGAAUAUGGAACUGAAGGGACAACUGGAAGAGAUGCAGAAGGCAUUUGUGCAAAUUAGCAAUGACAAAUUGGAGCUCACGGACAAGCUACAAACUGAACUUCACUUGGGAAAAGAAAUGAAAUCUACUUACGGUGUGUUAGAAGCAGAGCUGAAUUCUGUUCGUGAGAAACUUCACUAUAAGGAUGAAGAAAUGAUUCGGCUUGCACACGAAACAACAGAGUUGAACAAGCAGAUAUUGCAGCAGAAUCAGGAGAUCGAUCGAUUGCGAUAUUAUGAGUCUCGAGCAAACGAUUCCACUACGCUGCAGACCGAACUGCAGCGUGCUCAACAGCAGUUGCAACAGAUCCAGCAGAACCAUCACGAAGAAACAACAAGGAAUGACGAAACUAACGACCAUCACCACAGUCAUCACAAAUGCAAUAGUCACGACGAUCAACGUCAUCAUAAUGAUGAGCACCAUCUACAAAGAGAAAUUGAAACGUUGAAGCAGGAGAAAGACGAACUGGUUAACGUCAUUAACAGUCUACAGAGUAGAUAUAAACAGAACGCAGCUCACGACAGCACUAGCGAAAAUCACGUCGAUAAGCAAGAUCUCAUAAGCGACAGUGUUUCCACAGUGAGUAUUCCCACACACGAAGCCAUGGAGAAGCUUCAAGAACGGUUCAAACGAACAAUGCUUGAGGUUGCAGAGCUAUCCGACGAGAAACAACGGCUAGAACAUUUGGUUAUGCAACUGCAGAGCGAAACCGAAACAAUCGGCGAGUACAUCACGCUCUACCAACAGCAGCGGCGGAUAUUGAAGCAGAAAGAUAUGGAGCGAGAUCUCCAGCUGGAACAGUUGGCUCACGAUCGUGAAAUGAUGAAACUGAAGCUCAAAGAGCUCAACUAUCUCGUGCACCAGCUUGUGAUAGAAAAGGGUGGAUCCAUUAUGCGGCCAUCGCCUAGCCCAACACUAACCGCGGAUCCGUUGCGACACCUGCCACCAGUCGUGGAUCUGCCGUCGACGCCUGGUGCAAAGUUGGUGGACUAUUCGCCGGUGCCGAGCGAAAAUGGGGAAACUGAUGAUGCUGUGGUCAAGGUGCACAUCAAACCGACGGAAACCGCCGGGCGGAUUUUAUCGCUGCUGAGUGAUAUUAAGGAAGCGAACAUCCCCUAUGGAAACGGCGUGCAGCACUGUUCGUGCUGCUCAGGCCGGCUUGAAACGGUCUAGGAGGAAUUACGAAGACUACUAUUACCAAACUAAAGCCUGUUAUUAUUUGCUACUUUGAAUCUGACUGUAGUAUGGUCUAGUAACGUAAAUAAUAUAUUUUGGACAAACCUGAAGUCUAUAACAUUUUAUAGGAAGCAUGAUCAUUACAUACAUUUGACUCAACUCUAGGAGUUCCUUAUGAAAAUGCCGUUUUCAAUGAUAUCGAUAGGAUUAUGAAAGUAUGUCAGUUACACAAAUAAAUAUAAUUAACUGAAUGUGAUCUAUGUAUUAAUAGUGUGAUUCAUUGACUUUUUAUUGAAAUUUUCAAGUGACUAACUAGCCAACAUAUAUACCUACAUUUUGGAUAUCCAAACUAAACAUUUUGAUUCUAAAAUUGUACAUGUUACGAUUUUAUCUCUGCAUUCAAUGAUUCAUAGGAGAGCCAUUGCCAAUAAUAUGUAAUAUUUUUCAGUUAUUUUUUGAUAGAUUGUCUCAUACCUGUCCAAAAUAUAUUGUUUACCCUAAUGUGUCAGAUUAUAUUUUAAACAGGCAGACGAGUGCUUUACAGUGCAACUGUGGUUAAUAUUUAAAUUUAAGUGAUAAUAUAGUAAACUUUUUUAUUUCACUUGCAUCAAACAAAA